CUCGGUUCAAAUAUUCAACGGUAUUGAGUGAGGCCCGUGGCGGGUCCUUGCGGCCGCUUGGUUGUCAGAUCGGAGGCCGGCGAGAGUUCGUGAUAAGAAGUACUGUCUCUACCAGACUUGAAGACUUCAUUCGACUGGUGGAGAGUACCUCGCAGCUUUGAAUCAAGCCCGUAGAAGGUGACCUGUUCAGAAAAUCCUGGGGAAAACCUGCGGCUCCGUGUCAAGCAGGGGACAAUGUCUCAAGUCACCACCGCUUAUUCCUUUGACGCACCCACAGACUACAUCAAUUUCACCUCAUUGAAUGACGAGGAGGAUAACGAAAAUGUCGAUUCCUGGUUUGAGGAGAAGGCCAAUUUGGAGAACCAGUUCCUUGGGAAGAAUGGAGCAGGACUCUUCCAGGGUAGGACUCCUCUGAGGAAGGCUAUUCGACAGCAAGCCAUCGUCACCCCUCUCAGACCAGUUGACAAUACUUAUUACAAAGAGGCAGAAAAAGAGAAUCACUUGGAACAAUCCACUCCAUUAAAUGCUUGCUCUUCUCUGGAAGUAGGGAGGACCACCUCCCAAAGUACCCGGGCCUGUCCUCAGAGGAGAUCUCCCCGGCUCUCUGCUCAGAAGGAUGCGGAGCAGAAGCACCGUGUCAAACUGAAUGCCAAGCGGUGUGCCACUUCUGUUGUCACGAAUGAAAUUCCACCCUCCAAAAAAAUGAAAGUUUCUAGCAACACAAAGAAGCCAGUGGACGACAGACGUGCGCAUCAAGGCACUCCAGAGAGAGCCAAGAGCAGACACACGGUGCCGUGUACGCCUCCUGUCAGGCAGAAGGUUCUAAAAAGCACCGAGGAGCAGGAAUUGGAAAAGCGAAUGAAAAUGCAGCAGGAAGUUGUGGAGAUGCGAAAAAAGAAUGAAGAAUUCAAGAAAUUUGCUCUUGCAGGAGCAGGCCAACCUGUGAAGAAGUCAGCCAGCCAGGUAACCAAGUCUGUUGACUUCCACUUCUGCACCGAUGAGAGAAUCAAACCACACAAGAGCCAGGAGUACAAGGAAGUGAACUUCACAUCUGAACUGCGGAAGCAUCCUCCCUCUCCUGCACGAGUGGCUAAGGGAUGCACCGUUAUUAAGCCUUUCAACCUGUCCCAAGGAAAGAAAAGAACAUUCGAAGAGACAACUUCUACAUAUGUGCCCCUUGCACAGCAGAUCGAAGCCUUCCAUAAACGAACCCCAAACAGAUAUCACUUGAGGAGCAAGAAGGAUGAAAUGAACCUGUUACCGUCCAAAUCUUCAGCGGUCAAGAUCUGCAGAGACCCACAGACUCCCGUUCUGCAGACCAAGCAGCGCACGAGGCCGGUGACCUACAAAAGUGCAGCAGACCAGGAGGCUGAGCUGCUGGAGAAAAUGCAACAAUACAAAUUCAAAGCCCAGGAGCUUGAUCCCAGGAUUCUUGAAGAUGGGCCCAUCUUGCCCAAGAAACCACCUGUGAAGCCACCCACUCAACCCAUCGGGUUUGAUUUGGAAAUCGAGAAAAGAAUUCAGGAGCGAGAGCCCAAGAAGAAAUCAGAGGAAGAGCACUUUGAGUUUCAUUCCAGACCCUGCCCCACCAAGAUCCUGGAGGAUGUUGUGGGUGUGCCAGAGAAGAAAAUACUUCCGAUUACCAUUCCCAAGUCCCCGGCCUUCUCGCUGAAGAACAGAGUUCGAGCGCUCACCAAAGAAGAAGAGGAGGAGGAGGAGGAGGCGGUGGUGAUAAAGGCUCAGCCGGUGCCACAUUAUGGAGUGCCUUUCAAGCCCCAGAUCCCAGAAGCAAGGACUGUAGAAGUGUGCCCUUUCUCCUUUGACUCGCGGGACAAGGAGCGCCAGCUGCAGAAGGAGCGGAAAAUAAAAGAACUGCAGAAGGGGGAGAUGCCCAAGUUCAAAGCACUUCCUCUGCCCCAUUUUGACAGCGUGAACCUGCCAGAGAAGAAGGUGAAAACGGCGACCCAGAUGGAGCCUUUCUGUUUGGAGACUGACAGAAGGGGGGCUCUGAAGAUGCAGACUUGGAAGCACCAGCUGGAAGAAGAACUGAAACAGCAGAAGGAAGCAGCUUGCUUCAAGGCUCGACCAAACACCACCAUCUCCCAGGAGCCCUUCAUUCCCAAGAAGGAGAAGAAAAGCGCAGCCGAAGGCCUUGCUGGUUCUCUAGUCCAGGAACCUUUUCAGCUGGCCACAGAGAAGAGAGCCCAGGAGCGCCAGGAGCUGGAAAGGAAAAUGGCUGAGCUGGAAGCCCAGAAAGCCCAGCGCUUGGAGGAGCUGCGGCAGCAGGAGGAGCAGCAGCAGCAGGAGGAGCUGGCCCAGCUGCGGAAGGAGCUGGUCCACAAGGCCAACCCAAUACGAAAGUAUCAGGCUGUGGAGGUCAAGUCAAGUGACCAGCCUCUGACCGUGCCUGUGUCUCCCAAGUUCUCCACCCGAUUCCACUGCUAAGCUCUGCGGGGAGCGAGGCGCUGCCUGGGACCAGGAGCUGCUCUGCACUUGCGCCAAGAGCCUUCGUUCACUGCCACGGGCACGGGCAUGGGCAUGGGCAUGGGCGUGGCAAAGACAUUGUUACCUUCUCUGGCCUGACAGUGCUCACCUAUGUAGGACUGACUCUAUGUCAUGGUUUCCUUAAAGCCCGCAUUGCUGUAAUAGAAUUUGCAUUCUCUGACUAGAAUUUAGUCGCAAUAUAAUCUCUACUGUCCUUUUUAAAAAAAUCCAUUUUAUUGUGGAAAUAAAGAUAGUUAAGUGCCAAGAUCAA